CGUGGAGACCACAGCUAUGGCAACUAGGAGAAGCCAAACUUAGUCGUUCCUCUCGAACCGCGGAGGGGUCCCGGGCGUGCGGCGCUAGUCCGCGCGGAGCUCAUGGCGCUCUACGAGCUCUACUCUCACCCGGCCGAGCGCGGCUACCGCGCGGGGCUCUGCUCCAAGGCCGCGGUGUUCCUGCUGCUGGCCGCCGUGCUCACGUACAUCCCGCCGCUGCUGGUGGCCUUCCGGAGCCACGGGUUCUGGCUGAAGCGGAGCAGCUACGAGGAGCAGCCGACCGUGCGCUUCCAGCACCAGGUGCUGCUCGUAGCCCUGCUAGGAUCCGAGCGCGGCGGCUUUCUCGCGUGGAGCACGUUCCCCGCCUUCAACCGGCUGCAGGGGGAUCACCUGCGCGUCCCGCUCGUUUCGAAUAUUGCAGUGAGUAAGAUUUUGAAUUGGAAUGGAAGCUGUUGGUUGAAAUUGUUCAAUAGAGAAUGCCUGAAACUGAGAAAUCGAGAAGUGCCAAUUCAAAUGUUAAAACAUGGAGAUACGUUUCUAAAUAAUGAGACUAGAGAAGAAGACAGGAACCAAGAUGGGAAGAUGGACAUGUUACAUUUUAAACUGGAGCUGCCCCUGCAGUCCACGGAGCAUGUUGUAGCCGUGCAGCUCAUCUUGACUUUCUCCUACCAGUUGCACAGGAUGUCAACAUUCGUGAUGCAGAGCAUGGCGUUUCUCCAAUCCUCCUUCGCUGUUCCGGGGUCCCAGUUAUAUGUGAACGGAGACCUGAGGCUGCAGCAGAAGCAGCCCCUAAACUAUGGCGGCCUAGACGUUCGAUACAAUGUAUCUGUAAUCAACGGGACCAGCCCUUUUGCCUGUGACUACGACCUCACCCACAUUGUUGCUGCUUACCAGGCAAGGAAUGUAACCACCGUCCUGACUGACCCCAACCCCAUCUGGCUGGUGGGAAGGGCCGCUGAAGCUCCAUUUGUGAUUAAUGCUGUCAUUCGAUAUCCUGUGGAAGUCAUUUCUUAUCUACCAGGAUUCUGGGAAAUGAUAAAGUUUGCCUGGAUCCAAUAUGUCAGUAUCCUGCUUAUCUUUCUCUGGGUGUUUGAAAGAAUCAAAAGAUUUGUGUUUCAAAAUCAGGUAGUCACCACAGUCCCUGUAACAGCAGUGCCCCAGAGAGAACUGUAUAAGGAGCACUUAUCAUAAGAAGAUCAUUUCUGAAAACACUAAGCAGGACCCUUACUACCUCAUCAUUGUCCUCCCAGAACUGCCAUCUUAUGACAUUUCUGAAAAGAGCCGAGGGACACGUGCCAACAUAUGUAUUUUUCCUAUCAGAGACAAAGAGCAAUUCUUUCUCUACACAAAUUCCAUAUCUUCUAAGCACUUAACAAAUCAUCAGGGACUAGUUUGUGGAAAGGUCUGAGGGCUAUAAUUUGCCUUUUUUUUUUGCUUUAGACUUGAAUUUCAGGAGAAAACUACAGUCAGUUCAGACAUCUUGGAAAGAGUCCCAUCUCUGGUCAAGCAAAGACUUUGCCUCUCUUGAACUGAGAAACAUGCUAUGCAUUUCUUCCCCCUAUUGUCAACCACUUUUUUACUCUUUUCGGAAGUCUCUUAUGAUAGAUAUGCAGGUCACAUGCACUUUCCACUCCUGGGCAUAUAAAUUUCCCAUUCAGAACUUUGAUUUCGAGACCUGAGAGGGCUUUAACUGGAGAAUUGGAGAAACAGAAAGAGAGCGCUCAAGAACACAUGUAUGCUUGUACAUGAGGGUGAGUGACUUGACAACAGGACCAUCCACCUGCCCUCAGUCUAACAGACAGUCGUCUGUCAUCAGCUCAGCUGAACAGCCCUUUAUCCCUGCCCUGCUGUGGCUGGCUCUUUGCCCUCUGUCUGUGCCCCUGGAAUAGCAGGCUGAAGUCAGAAGUGCUGUUUCAUUCACAAUCCUCUCUGCAACAGUGGGGGAAGUAAGGAUUUACAACAGGUUCUUUCUCUCUGGCCUUCACCCAACAGCCUGGACACUUGCCACUCCUCCUCCUUGACAGCCCUCCCCCUUCCUGAAAAGGACAUGGGUGACAGAAGAACUGUUGUUGGUAUUGGCUCCCACUGCCCGACAACCACCGAGUUUAUUUAGAGGGCUAGCAAGAAGCCCAGCUACUUGUAUUUCCCUGAACUAAGGAACAGGGUGCCCAUCGGCCUCGGCAGCUUUGGGGAGGACACACAAGUAGCAGUGAGGGGAUAAAGAAGAUGUUAGCCCAGGCAGCCCAAUCCAGCUUGGCCAUUAGCAGACUAACAAGCAGUCCAGCCAGAUUACCCUCGUGGCUCAAUGAGCGUCUGCAGGAGAAGAGACCACUGGAACAGGCCUCUGUUGUACACAGAAGACUGAUUCUCCGUUCUCAUCCCAAGGAUACGUGCAGUUUCCUCAAAGGAUGGAUGGAUCUGCUUUAUGAUCUCAAGAUGUCAUUGGCACUAGCAGGACAUACUCGCUGUGAUCCAUGCUUCAUGCCCACCCCCAAACACACUCAGUGUCUGCCUCAGUUUACCUUGGAGAUUUAGUUAUUUCCAAAGCACCUUUUCUUCCAGGCUGACCAAAAUAAGAGUUUUGGAAACAAAGCUAUUUUGAAGUAUUCAAGCACAAAAAUAUCUUAACACUGUCCCCUCUGCCUUUUUUUUAAUGUUUAGGGCUGUUUAUAUGCCUAAAAAUUUUUUCUUGAGAUUUAAAUGAAAAAUGGUUGCUGGUUUGAAUCACAAAAAGAUAAUGAGAUAUGGAAAGAUAGCUAAAGAUGUGUAUAAACAUUGCUUUGCAUUUUGUUAAAUUAUUUUAAUGCAAAAUUUGUGUAAAGAGCCAUGAUGUUUUGUAACUUUCUAAUUAAAAUGUUCAAAAUGGAAGGUUGCAUGUGGCUUUUUAGAGG